GGCUAUUUUUGCACUCCUCCAAAGUAAGCCGACUCGAAGGGGCAGCCAAGCCAAGCAUUCCCCUAGGGUUUAGCCCAAAACCCUGUAAUUUCAUUUCAACAGUAAAUCUUUUCUCCAUUAGCAUACAUCCUGAACGAUUCUCCUUUUCCAUGGCCAUCGCCGCCGCUAGAUCCAUUUUCCGGUCACCGUCCCUGCGCAAUGCCGCAUCAAGGAUCGCAUCGGAGGCUAAAGCAGCUCGAUCUCCCUUGCGCACGCCUUCUAAAAGUCCUCUAUCUCAUCGCAUCUUCAGGUGUCCUUCUGAGAUGAGCGCUUGUUUGGAGUCGCUGCAACCAUACCACACCGUCACUGCUUCAGCUUUGAUGACUUCUAUGCUUACUGACUCUCUCCGUAGUUACAGUUGGCUCUCAGAAGGCGUUGACAAGACUAGAUGAAGAAGGAGAAGCUUAGAGGACUGAAUUGGAUUCAUUUAUGUUUGGAAGCUUUCAAUUUAAAAAUUGUUACUUUACAUAAAAUUUUGUUGACUACUUUUUGCUGGAUCAGAAAUAAUGUAUGAUGGUUGUUAGGGGUGUAUAAUGACAGGAUAUCUGUAGAUCUUUCU